AUGUCUGACGUUGAAUCCCCGACUGCGGCCAAGGCGAAGCUGAAAGAGGUUCGUGCCGUGCCGCGCGUGCCGGUGUCGCAAAAUGCAGGCUUUCCGCCUUUUCGUGUUUCUUGCCCCGUUCUUCGCAUUUUAGUUCCCACGUUAACGAGAGCGCGUUUCUUCCGCCCAUAUUCCACUCCCUUCCGUGCCCCCCUUUCGCCGCCCUUCCGCGUCCCCCUUCCCCGCCCUUCCGCUCCCCCCUUCCCCACCCUUCGGCGCCUCCCCUUUCCGCGCGCGCGUAUGUCACCACCAGGGGCGUCCCCUCCCCACAUGCCUUCCGUCCUUCGUUCUUACCAGACUCCUUCCUUACCUGUCGUCCUCUCCCUGCCCCUUCCUGCCCCCUUACUGCCUUCCCCACAUUCCCUCCAUCCUUCGUUCUUACCUGACUCCCCCUUCCUCCGUUCUCUUCCUUCUUCCCCCAUUUCCCCCUCCCCUCCCCUUUUCCCCGUUCUCUUCCCCUCUUCCAGCCGGACCAACCUCACCUCUUCCCCUCCUCUUCCUACACCUCCCCGCUCAUUCCUCCCCAUCACGUGCAUCACAGGGUCCACGGUUGAAAUCCUCAAGGACCCAAAGUUCGAAAUCCUCAAGGUGGAUUUGAAGCAGCUGAACUUUGGAACUUCUGGGAACCUUCUGUUUGAUUUCAACAACUUCAAGGUCAAGGCAAACGGCAAGGCGGAUGUCAAGGCGCUGGUGGUUAACCCUAACAACCACGAGGUGAUCGUGGAGGCGCUCAAUGUCAACCUGAAGCUCUUCAAUGUUGAUAUUGCAAACACUUCGGUGAUCGUGGAGGCGCUGAAUGUCAACCUCAAGCUCUUCAACGUCGACAUUGCCAACACUUCGGUGAUCGUGGAGGCACUUAACGUCAACCUGAAGCUGUUCAACAUCGACAUCGCCAACACUUCGAUCCCCGGAUUCGAGCUCUCAAAGAAGGGAAACAUCACACUGAGCAUUCCAUUUCCCAUCAAGAAUCUUCCGGUCAUUGCUACCGGUAACAAGGACAACCUCAUUACUACAUCGCUCCGCAAGGGACAAGUGGAUGUCAAGGUGGGAUACUGA